AGGGGGAGGCCCUCUCAUCGAGCCAUAUAUACUACGCUCCGCAACAGUCGUUCGCCUUCACGUUAUCGCCAUGAUGAUGCGGAAGUCGUCGCUGCUCAGUUACGAGGCCUUUAGCUGGACGACCGUAGCGAUUACCGUCGCCUACGUACUCUUCAGGUUGAUCAGGUCCCGCCAAAAGACAUUCAACUACUUCAAAGAAAUAGGAAUACCGGGACCGGAGCCAAGCCUAAUAUGGGGAAAUCUUGCCGAGUACCACAAGAAGGGGUUCGUGCACGCCAUCACAGAUUGGUGCGCGAAAUAUGGCGACGUAUUCGGAUUUUACAAUGGCGAUCUUCCAAUGUUGGUUGUCAAAGACUUGGACUUUCUGUCUUACGUAUUCGUGAAAAACUUCAAGAACUUCACCGACAGAGGUAUCAUCAUGCGAACAGACCAAGAGCAUGCCGUCCUAAAUAACAGCAUCCUACAUGCCAAAGGAGCAGAGUGGAAGAGAACGCGAAGCUGCAUAUCACAGGCUUUUACUACCAACAAGCUGAAGCAAAUGAUGGAACACCUCGUAGAAUCGGCGGAUUUGUUCAUAGAAACGCUGGGAGACUUGGCAGACGCUGGACGAGAACUGGCCAUCCACGAACCAUUGCAAGGUCUCGCCAUGGACUACACCGGCCGAGCUGCUUUCGGAUUAGACUGCUGCUUUCAGCGGAACCUCUCACACCCAUUCAUGCAGACCGCACGCGAGGUCGUACACGGCGUCAUGACUGGACCUUUUCACAUGAUAGCCCAUUGCACAAGUACACUGGCCGAUAUAGUAGCCCCUAUACUCUGGCUAAACGAAAAGUUUGGAUCCUUCACCUUCAGCAUCUUCGGAGAAGAAACCAAGAAGGUUGUUGAAAUGAGGCUCCGCAACCCGGAGGCAAGAAGGCCAGACCUGUUGCAGGUCAUGCUAGAUGCAAGUGAUAAAAAGGAGCGCCCAAACGAGGCUGACUGGAAGAGAAAAGCAACUAUGACACUUCAAGAGGUUGAGCUCAACACCACUGUGGCUGUGAUUGCGGGCUUUGAGACAACUUCAGCGGCGAUGGCCUAUCUAUCCUACGUCCUAGCCAAGUACCAAGAUGUCCAGGAAAAGGUCAGAGCGGAAGUCGCUUCAGCAGUCGAAGAAUAUGGGAAGAUUAAUUACGAUGCCGUCACGUACCGAAUGAAGUAUUUAAGAAGCGUUGUGGAUGAAACAUUAAGGAUGUACCCCCCAGGCACUCUGUUUACCACAAGGCGUGCCAUGAACGACUUUGAAUACAAUGGCGUUAAGUACAAAGCCGGCACUUCGAUCAUGGCUCCAACGAUGCAUAUACACAUGGACCAUCGCUACUGGCCCGAACCCCACAAGUUUGACCCCGAGAGGUUUCUCGCCGAAAACUCGUCCUCCAGGGCAUCCAUCGCCUACCAACCUUUUGGCGUUGGACCGAGAAACUGCGUCGGAGAGCGCCUGGCAAUAUUAGGGAUUAUGUACACAGUGGCGAGAAUGGUGCAGAAGUACAGGUUGACCCUCGGAGAGUCCCAAAAGAAAGACCUCGAGCUCCGUUUCUAUGCAUCGAUGUCUGCACCACAAAGCGGCCCGUACAUUAAGUUUCAAAGGAUCUGAACUGCAUGUAGUAUUUUAUCGUGCUAUUAGCGGCCCUUACAUUAUAACAAGUGAAUGCCCAGAAGUGGCACUCAGGGCACCUAUCGACUUGUUCAUUUUUAAGAGCUGCUCUUUUGGCAGCCAAUGCAAGAGUAUCGCAAGUCCUAUAAAAACGAAAGUCAUCAAGCACAAUAAUAAAGUACUUCAUCAGUGCC